AGGAUUUUCAACUAGUAUAGUUAGGUGUCGAAUUUGAUUUAUUUAAAAUUAAAACUGGUAAAUGGCAUGUGAAAUUAUGACGGAACCUACAACAUUAAGUAGUGCAGAUCCAAUGCCAAUGGAUACUGAUGAUGUGGAAGUAGUCGACGUUUUUAGCUUAUCUGAAAAAGCAAAAGAUGAUGGAAAUAAGUGUUAUAAAUCAAAAGAUUAUUACGAUGCUAUAAAACACUACUCCAAAGCUAUUGAGUAUUCUCCGAAAGUGGCGAGCUAUUAUAGCAAUCGUUGUGCUGCACGCAUGAUGUUACAAAAAUAUAAAGAAGCUUUGGAAGAUGCCCAAACUGCCAUCAAAGUUGAUAAUACAUUUGCUAAGGCUUACAUACGAGAAGCAAAAUGUCACAUUGCACUUGGAAAUGCACAAGCUGCACUUUUAUCUUUACAAAAAGCUAAGGACCUUGAUCCUAGUUGUGACCAUGCAGUAAUGGCUGAGGUACGGCAUGCCAGGACACUCGCAGAAUUUGAGAAGCAAGCAGAACAAGCAUCCAACCAAAAAGAUUAUCGGCAGGUGGUUUAUUGCAUGCGGCGUGCUUCAGAAAUAUCCCCCGCUUGUGUUCGAUUUCAGCUCACUAAAGCUGAAAACCUUGCACUGAUGGGAAAGUAUGGGGAAGCACAAGAUAUUGCUGUGGCAAUAUUACGUGCCGACAAAAUGAAUGCAGAUGCUGUUUAUAUACGAGGUAUUUGUCUUUACUAUGAUGACAACAUAGAUAGAGCCGUCACCUUCUUUACCCAUGCCCUUAAACUGUCACCAGACCAUCAUAAUGCAAGGCUUAACUUAAAGAAAUGCAAAUUACUGGCGAGUAAAAAAGCUGAGGGAAACGAAGCUUUCAAAGCGAGUAAGUUUGAAGAAGCUUACACGGUAUACAGCGAGGCUCUUGAAGUUGAUCCAAAGAACAGAAAGACAAACGCAAAGUUACAUUGUAACAGAGCUCUUGUGGAAAGCAAAAUAGGAAAGUUAAAGGAAGCCGUGAUUGAUUGCACAAAAGCUUUAGAACUUGAUGAAAACUACACUAAAGCAUUGCAUAGGAGAGCUAAAUGCCACACAGAUUUAGAAAACUACAGCGAGGCAGUGUACGACUAUCAGAAGAUUUACCAAAUGGACCGAACGAGAGAAAACAAGCGGAUAUUAAGCGAGGCUGAAGCUGCGUUGAAGCGAAGUAAAAAGAAGGAUUAUUAUAAAAUACUUGGUGUUAGUAAAGAUGCCACAGAUGACCAAAUAAAGAAAGCUUAUCGCAAACAGGCUUUGAACAUCACCNAGAUCGCCACGCACACGCCACCGAUGCAGAGAAAGCAGCGACCGAACACGAGUUUAAAGAAGUCGGUGAAGCUUAUGCUGUUCUUAGUGACCAGAAAAAGAGAGGGAGGUUUGAUCGCGGUGAAGACUUAGACGGGCCUUCCAUGCAAG